AUGAGCAUCGGGAAAGCUUACAGUACCUUGAACAUCAGCAAUGGAACAGAUCUAGCUAUUGGCUUUACCUCUUCCACAGUAGCUGUCCUUCUAUUUGGGACAAACUUUGUGCCUGUUAAGAAAUUUGAUACUGGUGAUGGCAUGUUCUUCCAAUGGAUUCUCUGUGCCUCCAUAUGGAUAGUUUCUUUGGUGGUCAAUUUAAUACAGAAUUGCCCACGGUUUUGGCCUCUUGCUAUGGUUGGGGGUUUUUUGUGGGCUACAGGCAAUGUUUCAGUUGUCCCUAUUGUUAAAACUAUUGGCUUAGCUCUUGGUCUUUUGAUAUGGGCUUCUUUUAAUUUGUUGACAGGUUGGGCAAGUUCAAGGUUUGGUUGGUUUGGAAUUGACCCAGAAGAGGUGUCAAGACCAAUCCUAAAUUACAUUGGAGCUGGACUUUCACUAUUAAGUGCUGUCAUAUUUCUUUUUAUAAAAACUGAAGUCCAGAGUUCUUCAGCUUCAUUAGAAAGUACACCUUUACUGAGAGAAAGUUCUAUUAAUGUUUCUGAAGAUACCUCUGAUGACUCAUGGGUGAACAGACUUUCUCCAGCAAAAAAAAGACUCAUAGGAUGUAGCCUGGCUGUAGUAGCUGGAAUACUCUACGGUUCCAGUUUUGUACCAGUACUUUACAUCAAGGACCAUGGAAGAAGAAAUGAAACUAUAUACACAGGAGCAAGUCAAUUUGAUUUAGAUUAUGUUUUUGCACACUUCAGUGGAAUAUUUCUUACAAGUACCAUCUACUUUUUGAUCUACUGUGUAGUCAGGAAAAAUAAACCUAAUGUUUAUCCCCAAGCCAUAUUGCCAGGGUUUGUUUCUGGUGUGCUUUGGGCAAUAGCCAAUUGCUGCUGGUUCAUAGCCAAUCACUAUCUCAGUGCUGUGGUCAGCUUUCCAAUAAUUACUGCAGGUCCUGGCCUUGUUGCUGCAAUGUGGGGAGUCCUUGUAUUUAAAGAAAUCAAGGGCCUGAAAAACUACAUGUUACUCUCAGUAGCAUUUUGCAUCAUUUUGGCUGGAUCACUCUCCACGGCUUUUUCUAAAGUUUGA